UGGCUGCAUGAUCGUCUGGUCUUGAUUUUCAAAGCUUCCACAGGCGGAAAGAUGAAGAUUAUUUGGAUGAUUAUUUUAGCACAUUCAGUGCUGAUAGCAUGCGCAUCGAGAAGUGAUAAUUUUCAUGCUCCAGAAAAGAACAAAAUUAACAACGUUAAACGAUAUAUGAAGAGCAUCUUCAAUUUUUUGGAGCGAACAGACAAUGAUGAAUUUCUCCUGAUCCUUGGAGACAGCGAUGGUGAAAGUAGCGAAUUAAGCCUUUUCCUGACGGGUGCUCGCAAUCAGACAAAACCAGCAAAAAGAUAUAACCAAAUCCACUUUCCGUUCUUUGCUGUGGACAAGCAGACCGGCGUUUUAGUCAUCGACUUGCCAAACUUUGAUGUUGUGUUUCACAACGUGUACGUCGAUCUUGUAAUGGCAUUUACGCACAAACUCAUUUUCGAGAAGGCAAAAUCACUGCAAAUAUUGCUUGUAAUGCCAGAUAAGGGGAAAAAAGAAAUUGUCAGAUUCUGGAGGCUUGCGAUGAAGCUGGUAGCAAUUUUAGAUGAAAAUCUCGAGGAUGUUUCAAGUUCAAUUGCUCUCGUCGGUGUAAGUAAGCCGAUGAGAUCCAGGAAAAAAGUUCUGAUGAUGCUGGAGGACGUGGUGAAAACUUUGCAGAAAGACACUGACUUCAUGAAAGACACGCUUAGCGCAACCUACGGAAGCAUGUCAGCAGAAUGGAUCAAACACCAAAUUUGGUGGACACAGGAGUUGAUGUUUAUCAUCAUGGAAGAGGACUUGUUUGCAGUAUUUCAAAGGCCAGGCAAAAAUGGAACUUUUUGGUCGGAAAAAAUUCGCAAACAUUUGCGUGAGCUUUUCUUUGAGACGGAUGACUAUGGCAUUGUGUAUCAAGAUUUGAAAGUUAUAGUGGACGGAAGAACAAAGGAUUACAUCUCUAAUAUUGAUACGUCGGUGUUUGUCAACAAUGGUGUGCUUAGAAGAUGUACCAAAAAGAUUGGCACAGUUCAACUUCCUGGAUUUCAUACAAAUUCCAACAUAACUCAAUUAAAAUUGUCAUAUGCCAAUUAUGUUUCAAAGUUUAGGUACACGGUAGAUCCAAAAUUUAAAGAUUACUGCUUGAAAGUCAAAUUGGAUGCGAGCAUCUGGAGCAAAUUGAAAUUUGAACUCGAAAAGUUGGACUUUUUGGAAAAAUUGAAAGGUGAAAAUAGCACACUUAGAGAAUUUGGUUUGGAUUACUUUUUUGUCAAGAAAGUUCAACAAUAUUGCAAGCUCUCUUUAAAUAACGAAAGAAGUAAUAUGAAUUGGAGUUUUGAUUGAUUGAUCAUGACGAUAAUUUACUUUAA